CCACCCCUUCCUGCCCCCCACUAGUAGUUUACCAACAAGCACAUAACACGGAACUGGUAAAUGUGAUGUCAGCGGAGCGGUAAUGUCUUACCGGGGGCGGCGGCGCUGACACACGGUCGUAGGCACUGUGCUUCCGGGAUGUAUUGACCUUUGUCCGCUAACUGGAGGAUGAAUGGCGCUGUUAUUCCAAAUACCCCUAUUGCGGUGGAUUUUUGGCAGAUUCGGCAAUGCAGCAACAUCAGACUCUUCUUUCUGUCCCAUAUGCACAGUGACCAUACCGUGGGUUUAUCUUCUACGUGGAGUUGUUCAUUGUACUGUUCGCCAGUCACAGCCAAGAUCCUUAAACAUAAGUUGCAGGUUAAGAGUAAAUGGAUCAAUCCGUUGGAAAUUGGAGUGUGCCACUUGCUGCCUUUGGAUGACUGUGGUAUUGAGACAAUGUCUGUUACUCUAAUAGAUGCCAACCAUUGCCCUGGCUCUGUUAUGUUCCUGUUUGAGGGAUACUUUGGUACUGUCCUAUAUACAGGUGAUUUCCGCUUCAGCCCCCUUAUGCUAAAAUACCCACCACUAAGGAAUCAGAAGAUUGAUGUUCUUUACCUGGACAAUACAAACUGUGACCCUGAACGCAAAUUGCCCUCUCGCCAAGAAGCAACAAAUCAAAUUAAGGAAAUAAUUAAUGAUCAUCCAUCCCAUGACAUAGUUAUUGGCCUCUACAGCCUUGGAAAGGAGUCACUUCUGGUGGACUUGGCAAAGACUUUUAAGUCUUGGGUUGUUAUAAGCCCUCAGAGACUGGAAUUACUCACUAUCUUAGAAACUGAAGAUGUUUUUGCAACACUGGAUGGAGCAGGGAGAAUCCGUGUGGUGGAGCAGUCUGACGUCAGUUAUGCUAACCUGGUUAAAUGGAACUGUAUCCAUCCAACCAUUGCUAUUCUUCCCACCAGUCGCAAAGUAAAAGUCUGGCACAAAGAUAUCCAUGUGGUUCCAUAUUCCGAUCAUUCUUCAUAUGAUGAACUUAUUGAGUUUGUUUCCCAAUUAAAGCCUUGUUCCAUUGUUCCUGUAGUGAAAACACAAGACUGCAUGUCUCAUUUAAAGCAAUAUUUAAAUCAUGAGGCAGCAAAAAAUUGUGUGAAGAUUCCUAAUUCAGUUAAAGCAUUUAUGAAAAGACAAAAUUUCACAAGUGAAUUGUGCGCUAAAAAACCCAAGCUUGCGAGAAAGACUGUACCUCGAGGGGUUGAAUUUGAUACUCCUGAAAAGGGUUUAGGCUCCUCACAGUCAACAGUACAUUGUAGAGAUAAACAGGAGAUUACCCCAAAUUUUACAGGCAAUGGGAUUAGCUUGGAAAAAGAACACCAUAUUGACAACUGUUCUUCUGGAUCAGGACAAGGCCGAGUGUCAAAACCUUUGACUGAGUCAACUCUACUUGUAUCAAACAAACAUAGGACUCUUAUGGGAUCUCCUUUUUCGGAUGAAAUUCAACAGUCCUGCGAGAGAACAUUUGAGAUGCCUUCUGCAAUCUUGUCCUCCAAAGACCUGAACGUCACUCUGCUAUCCAACUUUUCUUUCUUCUGUAAAGAGACAAGAAAACCCCUUACCCCCAAUGUCACGAUUUCGUCUAUAAAUUCUCCACAUAGGUCUUUUUGUAUUACCAGGGCAGAUGGGCUUUCCAUAUUGCCCUUCAUGAAACGAAAGAAAUUUAACUCCAGACACUUUUAUAAUCAAGUUGAGAGAUAUUUGGGAAACUGCGUUCAAAGAAUGAGCCAUGGCGUUAAUAUUCAAAAGAACACAUGUACUUCUCACAGUUCUACUGAGGAAAUGGAGGUUUAGCCCAUAUUUAAACUACAAAUAAGUAGUUCUUAGUUUUAGAUCAUUGUAUGACGAAAUUUAUGUUUUUGUUUCUAUGUUUUCUAUUAAAUUAAAU